UCUUGUAUGAAACAAGUUUUGAAUAGGCUAUAAGGAAUGAGGAUACAAUUAAUUACAAUGCAAUAAGUAAAAGGACAUAGGUGGGAUUAAAUGCCUAUUGUACAUUUUAACGUAUACCCACUGCAAAUCCUUAAAAUAUUGAAUUGAAUUGAAUUGAAAUAUAUAAACUUGUUUGGGUUUUAAUAUGAAAAGGUACACAGUAAAACAUUAAUGGAAAAUGGAUCAUUCAUCAAACCGCGAAAAGUCUGCAAACGAUUUAGUUGGACAUAGGGGUCCAGUGUUUCAUAAAGACGAAGUAAAAGUGCUUGUAAAUCUAGUUGAAAAAUAUAAAGCGGUUGUAUUAAAUAAGAGUACAAAUGCUACAUCAAUCAAUGCAAAAGAUUUAGCUUGGGCAAAAAUUACUAAACAAUUUAAUGACCAAAAUGUAAAAUGCUAUAGAAGCAUUGAAAACCUUAGAACAAAAUGGGAGAAUCUUAAAAAAGUGGCAAGGAGAGUAUCAAAGAAUGUUAUAGAUACAAAUUAUGCUGAAUUUGAUGAUAUUACCAAUAGAGUCGUUUUAAUGAUACAUGAAUCAGAGAACAGUAUUGAACCAAUUGAAUGUGCUCAAGCCUCAUUCCAAGAUGAUUGUGAUAAUGAAAUGAAAGAGAAUUCCAUGAAUUAUUGGGAGGAUGACAAAUCAUCAGAUGAAUGUGGUAAAUAUAUCUUCUUGUUAUAUUCUUGUAUCUUGAAGUACUGGAGAAACAGACAAAAAACACUUCAAUUUAAAAUUAAAAAUUUUAGGAAGGCCAGAUCUUCAAACUUUUCACCACAGGAAUGUGAUUUACUUUUAAAAUGUGUAAAACAGGAAAAGGAGAUAGUAUUCAAUUUAGAAACAACCAAAAAAGCUAAUGAUUUGAAAAACUCAGCAUGGACGAGGAUUACACAAGUGUUUAAUAAAUACAGUACAAACGCUAGGUCAAAGAGGGUUCUUAGAACGAAAUUUGAAAAUAUGAAAAGGAUAAUGAAAAAAGCCAGUGUAGAAGAAUAUAUCAAAAGGUUUGGUAGUGGACAGGACUUGGAUAAUCAAGCAUUCAAAUCAGAACCAUUGUUUGAUAGCAAAAUGGAUGAUACAGACUUGGAUGAUAUUGACCGCAGUGACCUUAGAGCAUCACCACUUCCGGAUCACAAUGAUUGUAUAGAUCCAUUGAGAUUUGUUAUGAACGCCGAUUCGGGGAUUGGUUCAACAAGUUAUAUGGCACCAUGGAACGAGUUUGAAAAUAAAGAAGUUGUUAAAUUGAAACUUGAGUUACUGAACUAUCAGUUGGAAACUGCUAAGCUCAAAAGAAAGAGACUAGAAGAGGCGGUAAGAGCAGAUAUUGCGGAAAGGGAGGCGAAAUCUCUGGAAACUUCUCUUCGGUUACGGACCGCGAGGUUAGAAGCUGUCGCGGCUGAAAUGAAACUUCCAGAAUCUCAUCCUGCUCUCGCUUACACAGAGAAAGAAGUAUUGGCGCAAGAAUAUUUGAAGUCUCACUAAUAAAUUAAAAUACAACUUGAA